AUGAUGGCGGGCUACCUUCUCUUCGCCCUCAGCGCGUUGGCUCUUGUCACAAUUGUCGGGAGAGGGGAUCAUGUUCGAUACGCGCCGAACCGCCUCAUCUUCAACACGGAACCAGCCCUUCGCGAUAUUUAUGGGCACCGAGGGAAGGUGGUCAAGUUCCGCAACUACCAUGUUCUCUCCAAGCAGGCUGCGAAUCUCUUAACGCUCCAGGACAAGUACCUUCACGGGCGCCGGCGUCGCGUCAUCAGUCAAGCCUUUUCCGAGAGCAGUCUUCGCAUGCUCGAGCCCAAAAUUCAUUCCAAGCUCGACCAAUUCUGCCACGUCCUCCGCGCACAGGGAGGAUCAGACGGAUCUUGGGCGCCUCCCUUUGACAUGUCGCAUGCCUUCAACAACCUGGCUUUCGACAUUAUGACAUCAGUGUCAUUUGACAUUGAUUUCGACACCAUCGCGAAUCCCGAAUACCGCUACGCCAUGGAAGCCAUUGAGCACUCUAAUGUGCGCCUAGGGGUUCUUCUACAAGAGCCGGCCCUCAGCCUGGGCGACCUGGACCGGAAGCUGUUCCCGCAAGCCAUCCUGGGCCGAAGGAGGUUCGUCCAGUUCAUCCGGAUGCUCAUGUCCAAGCGUCUAGGAGGCAGGAAAUCGGCCUCCAAAGACAUUUUUGCGUUUUUGCAGGACUGCAAGGACCCUUUGACAGGCAAGGAACUCACCACGGCUGAGCUGAGCACCGAGACUGCUACUUUCAUCGUGGCCGGGGCCGACACGUCGUCGACGAGCAUGGCGGCCUUGGCACAUUAUAUCACGGGGUCCUCACGCUGCUACAAGAGAGCGGUCGAAGAGGUCCGAUCCACGUUCAGCUCGACUGAGGAGAUCACGCUAGGUGCCAAACUCAACUCGUGCGCCUAUCUGCGCGCCUGCGUCGACGAAUCUCUCCGACUUUCACCCCCCGGAGGCGCAGCGCUGUGGCGGGAGGUUGAAGAGGGCGGAGCGACCAUCGACGGUCAUUUCAUCCCGCAAAAGUGUGAAGUCGCCGUCGGCAUCUACAGCAUCCAUCACAGCGAGGCGUACUACACUCAACCAUUCCGUUUUGACCCCAUGCGAUGGUAUCGUCCAAAGGGUGUCGAGGCCGCCCAACAGGAUGCGGGCAAAAACCCCUACAUGCCUUUCUCUGUCGGUCCGCGGAGCUGUGUCGGCAAGCCGUUGGCCAUCGCCAAUAUCAUGCUAGUUUUUGCCCGACUGCUGCUGGAUUUUGAUCUCAAACGAGAGGGUCGCAGUGACGACUGGGUGGAACAGAACCUCGAGGCUUCGGAGUACUCGUUGAAAGAUCACCUGACGGCUUGGAAGGAUGGCCCUACAGUGUGUCUGCGUCCUCGAAAGGUCUGA